AUGAAAGCGUUACGGGUUUUGCAUAUGCGUAAUACAUGUAGGACAUUAGACAAUAUUCCACCGAUUCUGGAUGAUUUGGACAACUUACAGGAUGUCGACUUUUCAAGUAAUGAGUUACCCCAAGUUCCGGAUUGCGUUUACAAGUUGAAAAGCUUAAGAAAACUUGAUCUAAGUCAUAAUCAGAUAGAACGAAUAGAAUUGGAUGAGAAAGGAUGGGAGCAAUUAGAGACGUUGAAUAUAUCCUCGAAUCUACUGAAGUCAUUACCGGAGCAGAUCGUUCGUCUUGUCAAACUGCAAAGACUUUAUGCAUCUGAUAAUCAACUUACAUUUGAUGGUAUUCCAAGUGGGAUUGGCAAACUGGUGCAUUUACAAGUACUACAUUUAUCCUACAAUAAACUGGAAUUGAUACCAGAAGGUAUAAGUAGAUGUGUUCGACUAGAGCGAUUGAAGCUAGACAAUAACAAACUUAUCACAUUGCCUGAUUCCAUCCAUCUUCUACCUGAUCUCAAGCAACUCGAUCUUCAUAAUAACGAUGAACUUGUGAUGCCACCGAAACCAAAUGAGCAGCGAAAAGCACUUGCAUUUUACAAUAUCGACUUUUCACUUGCUAAUCAAAUGAAACUUGCUGGUCAAAGUCCAUCCUCGUCAAUAAGUUCUGUACCGAGUAGUGGACCUCAUAAGGAUCCAGUCGCCAGAAAGAAGGAAUUCUUGAAGAGGAGACGUAUGCAGGCGGACAGUCAAGGUGCUAAUAAAGUGAUUGAGGGAAUGUCGAAUGUGGCUGGUGCCGCGAGAGAACGUUUAGAGAAUGAGAAUACGACUGCACUAGGACAUCAUGAAGAUGGUGUUAAGAUUCCGUCGUGGAAGGUUAUUGUCCGUCAUACGAGUAUUAAUAUUAAUACAUCGUAUGUGAUCGUUGUGAUGAAAUUCAGUUCAUAUUUAAAGGAUAAAAUCGAGCAGCGCAAGCCACGGAUCGAUUAUAGUGAUGUAUUCGAUGAGGAGGUUGGGCAAAAUGCGGGCUUGUGGCUUUGGCAAAUCGAAAACUUUUAUCCGACCAUUUUAGAUGAAUCUUUCUAUGGACAUUUCUAUGAAGCAGAUGCUUAUCUUAUUCUGCGUACGAUUAAGGAAGAGUCGGGUGCAUUGAAACAUUCAAUAUAUUACUGGAUUGGUGAACACGCAAGUCUCGAUAAAGGAAUGUGUGCUGCUGUGCAUGCUGUCAACCUCAGAAAUUAUCUGGGUGCUACUUGCAGAACUGAACGAGAAGACAUGAACGAAGAGUCUGAUGAGUUUUUGGAAUUGUUCGGCGAGGAGAUAACUUAUAUAGAAGGUGCACGAACUGCAUCUGGUUUUUAUAAAAUCGAAAAACAACCCCAUAUCAACAGGUUGUAUCGAGUGUCAGCGAACGGCUCUUCAGUGCAAAUGGAACCUGUCCCGGUGUCGGUUGAUAGUCUCGAUCCCAGAUAUGUCUUCUUCUUGGAUGCUGGCGAUACUAUGUGGAUUUGGAGUGGACGAAAAGCAAGGAUAACAAUCUCGAAUAAAGCACGUUUGUUCGCCGUGAAAAUGAAUAAAAAGGAUCGCAAGGGAACAAGUGAAAUCGAGACGUGUACUGAACUGAAGACACCCGAAGAGUUCUGGAUCGCCUUAUGUGGCCAACCGAAAAAACCAGAUGAUCCAAUAGUGGAGCAUGUUGAUGCAGAUUUUGUACCUGAACGAAGACGAUUGUAUCAAGUUCAAAUCGGAAUGGGCUUUCUGGAAUUACCGCAAGUUGAUUUGAAAGGAGGGGUAUUGAAACAGGAUAUGCUGAGUACAAAGUGUGCUUAUAUUCUCGACUGUACUUCUGAUAUCUUUCUAUGGCUUGGCAAGAAAGCAAAUCGUUUAUUGAAAAUGGCUGGACAGAAAAUGGUAUGUGAGUUACAUGCAAUGCUCGAAAGACCAGAUUACACGACCAUAUCAAGGGAGGUCGAGGGUGAAGAGACAACUAUGUUUAGAUCGAAAUUCCAAGGAUGGGAUGAUAUUGUACCGUACGAUUUCACAAUGACAGCCGAUAGUGUGCAAAGACGAGGUGCCGAUCUGAAGGUGAUCAUGGAACGUGACAAGAUAAAAACGGACCUGGCUUCAUUGUUCCUACCCAGACAACCACCGAUGAGUGAGGAUGAGGCUGAUCAAAUGAUGGAGGAAUGCAACGAGGAUCUCGAAUACCUGGAACCUUUUGUUUUGCGAAUCGUAGAGAAAAGACAAGAAGAUUUCAAAUGUGUGGUAUACUUUUGGCAAGGAAGAGAUGCGAACAAUAUGGGCUGGUUGCAUUUCACGUUCAGUUUGCAGAAGAAAUUCGAAGAUUUAUUCAAAGAUAAACUCGAAGUUGUGAGGAUGUAUCAGCAGCAAGAAAAUCAUAAAUUCUUAUCACAUUUUCACCGAAAAUUCGUUAUUCGACGUGGAAGGCGAGGUUUAACGAUGAAUCUCGGAGUAACGGUGAUGACAAAUGUACUGAAUAUUCAGAAGAAAUUCGAAGAUUUAUUCAAAGAUAAGCUCGAAGUUAAGAAAUUCGAAGAUUUAUUCAAAGAUAAACUCGAAGUUGUGAGGAUGUAUCAGCAGCAAGAAAAUCAUAAAUUCUUAUCACAUUUUCACCGAAAAUUCGUUAUUCGACGUGGAAGGCGAGGUUUAACGAUGAAUCUCGGAGGUCAUUGGCCGGAAUUGUUCGCAAUGCGAGCAAACGGAUCGUCAGUGUGCACUCGAACGAUACAAAUCGAUUGUAAAGCGACUCAUUUAAAUUCAUCGUUCUGCUUCAUUUUGCGAGCACCUUAUCGAUGCGUUGAUGAUGACGGCUGUAAAGGGAAGAUUUUCGUUUGGAUGGGCAAGCAUACCACUAAAAAACAACAUUCUCUUUGUGAAGAGAUAGCACGUGAAUUGAUCAAUCGAGACAAUGAAUUUCCAAUAGAAUUGGUGAAUGAAGGUGAAGAGAGUGAUGUGUUCUGGGAAUAUAUCGGUGGCAAGAAGAAGUAUGACACGAACGGUGACUUCUUGAUGUACGCUCGUUUGUUUAGAUGUACGAACGAGAAGGGUUAUUUCGCAGUCUCUGAGAAAACUGUUGAUUUUUGUCAGGAUGACUUAGACGAUGAUGACACAAUGAUAUUAGAUAAUGGUGAGCAGGUAUUUUUGUGGAUGGGUGCACACGCGAGCGAAGUGGAAUUGAAGCUUGCUUAUAAAGCUGCACAGGUUUAUCUUGCACAUAUGAAGAUAAAACAACCAGAUCGUCCUCGUCGUUUAAUGCUCAGUAUCAAAGGUCGCGAGUCAAGACGGUUCACCAAAUGUUUUCAUGCUUGGGGUAAACAUAAAGUGCCUGCUGGUGAUCAGCUUUAG